AUGGCCGAAGGGAUCGACACCUUGCAAUCCCUGUACUCGCGUUCGGGGAGGUCGUUUUCCGACGGCCCUUCUUCGAACGCAGCGGGAAGCGUUAAUCACCACUUGAGCACACCAAAGGAUGUGGUGGCGGUGGGAACACCUGAUCCGGAUCGAGGGUCGGAUCAAGUUGAUGUUCACGAGCUGAACCGUGCAACGGCACAGUUGCAAGAUGACCUGGCUCACGAAAGGACUUGGCUGUAUAAGCUUGAGGAUCUUGUACGGGAAAGUUACAAUUCCCUAACGCACGACCGUUCGGACAAUCGUGGCGCUUUUGCGUUCGCGCAGCUUGAGAAUGAACGUUUGAAUCGUUCUCUUCGUGAUGAUCUGGCUGUAGCUCAUCGAGACAUCGCUGAGCUGCGUGAGCAGGUCGCUUCGCUAGUCAACCAGACUGGUUCGUUGAAACGGGACCACUCGAGGGUGGUCUCGGCUUUCGACCGUGGAGGUGUUCUUCUCAUCUCGAAAACGGGAUCGUACUGA